CAUUAUUUGAAUCGGUUGGACUUAGCUAGGCUGGCUACAUAUCUAGUUAACUUAGCUAAUAUCUACUGUAAGCUGUUAAUAACUGCACAAUCGACAAAUCGUGGUUAACAUUUUAGUUGAUACUGUUUUAUUGCCAGAAAUAAUGUCAAGAAGCAAAUGAGCCUUCCACAACUGACAGUAAAGUAUUUAGCAUAGCCAUCUUUGGCGCCCUUCUUUGUUGUACACUAGCAUAGCCAUCUUUGGCGCCCUUCUUUGUUGUACACUAGCAUAGCCAUCUUUGGCGCCCUUCUUUGUUGUACACUAGCAUAGCCAUCUUUGGCGCCCUUCUUUGUUGUACACUAGCAUAGCCAUCUUUGGCGCCCUUCUUUGUUGUACACUAGCAUAGCCAUCUUUGGCGCCCUUCUUUGUUGUACACUAGCAUAGCCAUCUUUAGCGCCCUUCUUUGUUGUACACUAGCAUAGCCAUCUUUGGCGCCCUUCUUUGUUGUACACUAGCAUAGCCAUCUUUGGCGCCCUUCUUUGUUGUAGACAGCAUUUACAAAUGCGUUGUUGUAUGAUAGUGCAGUGCAGGCUAUUGAAACUACACUGUCCUUUGGAUAUAAGCAGGCUUGGGACGUAAAUUAUGCUUAUUUGAAUAAAGAUUUCAAGGUAAAGACACUGUUUUGAAAAUAAGUUUAACUGUGUUUGCUCUUAAACAUCAAGAUUUGUUUUAUUGUACUAUAAAAGAUGCUGAAAAUGUAUAACUUUUAUAGCCUAUGAGAUUUUACACAUUUGUGUUAUGGAUUUAUCCUAACAACAUGCCUCGUUUAUUCAUUUCCCUGGUGCAUUUUCAUUUGGCCAAAAUAACUUUAACUCUGGAUGAACCUAUUGUAACAGCAAUUUUUUCAAUCAAUUAUAAGUAAGUGCAAUACAUUUUUUAAUGUUAAAGAAAAUCUUGUGAAGCCAGCCAGAAAUGUACAUUACUCUUUCAUUUUAUGUAUUUAGAUAAAUAUGUUAUUAGUUGCUUUUUACCUUAUUAUUAACUGUGUGGUUAAAUGUGUUUUCAGCUGCUAAUAUAAGCAGAGACAUGCUGCCCAGCCUCUCUAAGGAGGACUUGCGUGAUCUCCUUCCCGGGCCUGAGCACUUCAGAAGAAGAAGAACCAUUUGGAGACUCAAUCAUGAUGAAAAUGAGGGCCAGGAGACAGACCUGUGUAGACCGAGUACCUCCCAUGGGACUUGUGAUUUCAGCCCUAUUCCUACCCCCAACCUUCCUUGUUUCCCUCCUCUUCCUCCUCUUCCUCCUCCUGCCCCAACCCCUCUCCAUCCCCCGUCUUUUCUCCACCCUCCUUCUCCUCUCAAAGCCCACAACCCCAACAUGGUGCCAGCAGAACCGUACAGCUUCCCAGUCCACUGUAUGUCUUAUACACAGACACAGAAUUGGAGCAAUCACGAAGCACCUUUUCUGAAAAGCAGCGUGCUGGAGAAGAAGGAGACUACGUCCUUUCCAAAGAUCUUCGCUGUCGAUUAAUCAGGAAUACAGUCACAAGCAUGCUUUCCAUUAAAAGAGCAGCUGGGGAUGACUUUAACUAUCCAUGCAGCCGUGAACUCACUGUAAUGGCGAAGCGUCUGCUUGAGUACUACCCAAUGCUUCGGGACAGAUCUCAAACCAGUAGAGCUGAGUGGGAAACUGUGAAAAAGCAGCUUUUGAAAAGGGUCCAGAAUGUGACAACCCCCAAAAAGAAGCAGGGUUCAACUCCUUCAAGAAAGAGGCCUAGGAGUUUAAGCUUUCAGAGCAGCCAUGAGACGUACACUGAUGAGACUGAUGAAUCCACCGCAUCAACCUUGAUCUUGGAGAGAUCACCACCAUCUCGAUGCAGCACCCCGGAGGCUGAACAGUUAUGUGCAUCAGAAACGGAGAGCCCACAGACCCAGGCGAGACACUAUAAGACUCUACAGGCGAUGUAUAAAACUAAGGCCAGACCGAACAAGAUGGAUGUUGCUCAGCUCCUGGACCUCGAAAUCCAAGCGAGAAGGGCCUUCAUUGACUCUGAUGUUACAAAGGAGCAGGACAGGCCUUCCAAGAUUCUUAAAGCUUAUCCUUGCUUUGGAGAACUGGAUCAUCUAAUGGAUGAACUACGGCGGGUCCUCAAUCAAGGCAACUCCCACUUCUUAACGGAACUUAAGACCCGGUGGGGGACCUUUUGUGAGAGGGCACAGUUUUAUGGAGUUUUCAAAAAGCUCAUGAGGCCUCCGCAGCUUGACAAAGUAAAGCACUCAAUUGCCAUGAUGAAGGCUUUACCAGAGAUGUUCCCAUCACCUAUGGCCCCACCCAAGAAGUUAAGGCACGCAAGUGAGGCUGUGCUCCACGUCCUUGAGUCUGCAGAAGACCCAAACACCUUUCUUCAGACACGACCACUUUCCAGCCCUGUUGUCAUCAUCUGCGAAACCAACUGUAUACUGGCCAUUGGAACCAUGCCCGUGCUCAUCUUCCCAAAAGAGGACAUUCAUGAAAGCGUGAUGUAUCUCAUGGCAUGUUAUUACACCUUUCACCUCACCUAUCCUAAGUGCAUUGCAACACUCCUGUCUGUGGUGCAGACAGAAGUCCUCUUGGACGCCAUUCACGACCGUGACAUGACUACUUCAUACAAAAAGGCUAUGGCCGACUGGAAAAAGUUCAUAAGUGAUUAGGGCACUUAUAUAUGAGGGGCCGCUAGGGACAAUAUUCAGAAAUACCGUUCACUUACACAUGUGAAACA